UCCGCACACACACACACACACACACACACACACACACACACACACACACACACACACACACACACACACACACACACACACACACACACACACACAACAGAGACAGCGCGCGCGCGCUGAGCAAGGGGAACGCGUGUGUGAGGGCAAGAGCCUGUGAAUAAUCGUCAUUCCUUCUGCGACCCGUUCGGAUCUUGGAUGAUCCAUAAUAAUCCUUCAUAAUAAUCUAUAACACCAAUUAUUUAUAAUCAAUAAGCAUCUGGAUCACCCCAACAUGUCCCGCAGAAAGCAGAGCAACCCCCGGCAAAUCAAACGUCCAAUGGAUGGAGGUCUGGAUGAGGAAGAGGAGUGUAUCUCAGAUGGAAAUAAUCUCACAACGAAAGAGGAGUUUUCAGUAGAGGAAAACUUUGCUGCUGACUUUGAACCAGACAACCUCACCUGUGAGGACAUGGAAUACUUCUGUGGCAAAGGGCAAGAGAAUGGCAACAGAGAAAUGGGAGAGACAGAGAUGGAAACAGACAGUGAGAAGGCUAGACACCCUGCUCUAGAGCCGGAGGAAUGGGAUGGCCCACGUGAGCUGGACCUGUUCAACAAAGACGGAGAACGACGGAUUCACAGCCGCCAGCAACUUCCUUUUGGAACCACUUGGGGGCCUUUUGAGGGAAAAAUUGAACUGAACACAGAUGGAAGUGCUCAGAAGACGAAGUCACAUGUCCCGCUGGUGUUGAACACAGGCCCCAGGUGGCUGCAGGAUGUCACUUGGCAGGGAACAGACGACAACAAAAACAACUGCGUGGUUUACAGCAAAGGUGGACAACUGUGGUGUACCACAACCAAGAACAUGAUGGAAGGCGAGGAGCUGGUGGCGUUCGCAGUGGACUUUGACUCUCGAUUGCAGGCGUUCAGUCAUAUGUCUGUUGGCGAGGGCAUGUACCCAGCACGUCUUCUGGACACCAUCCAACUUCUGCCCCAGCAAGCUGCAAUGGCCUCCAUAUUACCCACUGCUAUAGUCAACAAGGACAUUUUCCCCUGUAAAGCAUGUGGUAUAUGGUACAGAAGUGAGAGAAACCUUCAGGCCCAUCUGAUGUAUUACUGCAGUGGGCGGCAGAGGGAACCCGAUAACGUCCCUGAAGAGACUGACGCCAAUGCUCACCAAACUCCUGGUAUCUGCCCUUUCCCACAGUGCAACAAGAGCUUCAGCACCCCUCGUGCUCUCGAAAUGCACCUGAGUUCACACAGCGGUGUCAAAAUGGAGGAGUCUCUUCCCCCUGGCACCAGCUUGAAAUGCACAAUCUGUAACUUCACAGCAGAUUCACUCCUUACAUUCCAGCACCACAUUCUCUCACACCUAUCACAGGCAGCCUUCAGAUGCAAUCAUUGCCACAUCAGCUUUCAGAACCACAGGGAGCUGCUGCAGCAUCAAGACUUACAUGGCCACUCUGGAAAAAUUCACAGGGAGAGCGACAGUGAGAACUCCCCAAGAGCAGGAGAGGAUGCUCUGCAGGCGGCACGAGCGGAACUGUCAGCCAGAAAGGAUGUGGUCAUGCAAAGUCCUAAGAGCACGCCCAACAAGGCCAACAGUCCCGAUGGAGAGCUUGAACGACCUGAGAAAAAACCUGCUCUUGGACUGCAGAAGGGGGAAAGUCACCCAGGCAGCAAGUCUAGUUUCUCAUACACCAGAAUCAAAUCAGAACCCUCGAGUCCACGUUUAGCCUCCUCUCCUGUCCAGCACAACAUGGGCCCAACUUUUCCCAUGGGUCCAUUCUUAUCACAGUUUGCAUUCUCGCAGGACAUUUCGGUGGUACCGCAAGCAUCUGAGAUCUUAGCAAAAAUGUCAGAGCUGGUUCAUCGUAGGCUACGCCAUGGAGGAAACAGCUACCCACCUGUUAUCUACAGUCCUCUAAUGCCCAAAGGGGCAACUUGUUUUGAAUGCAACAUCACCUUCAAUAAUCUGGAUAACUACUUGGUUCACAAGAAGCACUAUUGUACCAGUCGCUGGCAGCAUAUGGCAAAGUCCCCAGAUUUCUCGAGUGUCCCAGACAAGGUUUCUGAUGCCAUAAGUCCCAACAGUGGCCACAGUUCAGUCGGAAUGCUCCCAGGAUGCCUCCCAUCUGAAACCGACAGUCAACUCGUUACAACAGCAUGCUUGAAUUCAUCUGUUUUGGAUAUUAUGAAUGCAGGUGGGAAAUUGCCAGACAAAGACCUUACUGGGCAGGUAAAGAAGGUUACUACACCAACAGGUGUUGAGGAAAGGCUCGGAGGAAAACAGCCAGAGGUGAAGAGUCCCAGCACGGCUUUGGUGGAUGGUGACAAUGACCCAAACAAGACAACUUGUCAAGCAUGCAACAUCACCUUUAGUCGGCAUGAAACGUACAUGGUGCACAAGCAAUACUACUGUGCCACUCGCCACGACCCACCCAUGAAACGCAUGUCUGCUAAGGUACCUGCCAUGCAGCGGACGAUGAGAACACGCAAGCGGAGGAAGAUGUAUGAGAUGUGUCUUCCUGACCAAGAUCAAAGGCAGGCCAUAGGUCCACAAACCGGAUUCUUGGGUAUGCCUACUCUAGGAAACUCUUGUACGUCACAGGAGACUGUGGAAAGUCUGGCCGACCGCUUCCAUCCUCGAUGUGAUAUCUUUCCAGGUCUCAUCCCAAAACAUUUAGAUGCUUCUCUUGCAGUCUCCAAACCCAUCCUUGCCCCCAAAAGUAAUACCAUUGCAGACCCACAGGAACUAGAUGCACCAAUAGAUCUCAGCAAAAAGUGCUCACCUCUCCAAGACAAGUCGUGCAACUCACCCAAAAGACUCUUGGACUAUCACGAAUGUACCGUGUGUAAGAUCAGUUUUAACAAAGUGGAGAACUACCUAGCCCACAAGCAGAACUUUUGCCCAGUCACAGCUGCUCAGCACAGAGAGAUUGGCACUCUGGAGCAGCCGAUGUUUCCGAGCAUUAAAAUUGAAGUCAAUAAUUCCGACAACAUCUUUGAUAAGAGUUCUGUGAAAUGCGAGAAAAAUGGUGGCAACAAGCUGAUGCAAAAUGGAGGCCUGUUCCCGCCACACCUUGGUCCAUCAGUGCCGGAUCUGAAAGCUUUCAAUGAAGCACAGCUCAUGACCUCAAAAGAUGAGAACAAGAACAUGUUUUUGCCACACUGUCUCUAUCCUGGAGCAAUAAAGAAGGUUAAAGGUACCGAGCAAAUAUCACCGUAUUUCGGGAUCAAGAGCAGCGACUACAUGGCAGGGAGUCUUGUUAUGCAGGGCGAGGCAGCCGAGCAGGAGCAAAGCAGCAAUGGCGCAGGUGAGCCAGGCAUGGAACAACCCACAGCCAAUGGCUGUCCUCAUCCCGGCAAGGAGCCACUGCCCCUGCUACCCAAAAACAGGGGCAUGGUGAUCGUCAAUGGUGGACAUAAAGAGGAGCGCCAGACGCCAGCGACGCCCCAGCAAGAGAAUCAACCUCACAACGCCACAUCACCAGAUGAGCAAACUUCCCCAACGUGGGCCGCCGAGAACCCUCCCGACCCUAAUGAGAAUGUAUCGCCUACUUCUAAAUCACCCAUGGAGGAAUCCGCACCUGUCAGCAAAGGCAUAAAUGGGUCGGCACAGCCUGCAGGCACUGGCAAGUACUGCCGCCUUUGUGACAUCCAAUUCAAUAACUUGUCAAACUUUAUUACGCACAAGAAGUUUUACUGCUCGUCACAUGCUGCCGAGCACGUGAAAUGAAAUGACGCUCGUCUCCCCUCAUUCCUUUCUUCUUUUUUUGGGUACACGGUCAUGUCUGAAAUAGUGCAUUGUGCAGUUUUAUAUGCUGCUUGUGGACAAUCAAGAGAAGCUACUUUUUUCAUUAUUUGACUAAGACUUAAUGCAAAAUGAUGAAGAAAAAAAAUCAAGUGUAAUAUUGGUGCCAUUUUCACAUUUUAUUUAUUUUACAAUCAGUAUUGAUAGAAGUAGUGUUCUUAAUUUAAAUUCAAAUAAAGUUUAUAUCAGAGUUGUUUGUAAUGUUAAUGUAUAGUCAUUCUUGUGUAGCAGACUUAUUGUUUACAUUGUAUGUUAGGUUCAAGGAGACAACAGGCACAAAAUUGAAAUGCAUUUUAGACCCAACAAUAGCUACUGGAGCACUUGUGUAUUCUUAUUUGCUGGUACAGUUUUUUGUAUGUGCCAACAUAUCACUUGCAGUUUGAUACUCUUGACUUCAGCCUUAAAACUGUUCGAAGGGAUAACCAGGCACAACACUGCAGCUCAUAUUUUGGCAUAUACACAUGACUUUGCAUUUAUGUUGCUGUUUGUCUCAGUGUUUUUUCUUUGAUUCAGAUGUGGAUGUUUAAAUGAGGAUGGCAGCAUUCUUGUAUAGUACUUGUAUUUCUGAUUGCUGAUACACCUUGUUCUCCAUUUUUAAAAAUGUGCUCUCAGCGCAAUACUUUGUAUUAAAAAAAAUGGGGGGUGGGGGGGGUCUAGGAACAUUAUGGAAAAUAGUAUUAUAAAGGGGGAAGACAGCAGGCAUUUCUCACCCAUAACAAAAAAAAAAAAAUGUAAUUGUACAAAAGGCAGGUUUAUUGAUUGUGAUUAUUGAUGGGUGGGGUGGGACGUGGGAAUACUGUAAAAAUUAUCAUUCCAAUGUCCUUAUGUAAGAAAACUAUUUCUUAAAAAUGUUGUUGCUAUGCAUGUAUAUGAAUGGAAUAAAAUUCCAGAUCUGUUGGAAAUUUUUAUUUUGAUGUGGUGUCAAUUAAACUCCAAUC